CCAAUCAGCUGUAUCUGCAGCCCCGACUUGCCCACACAAAGGGCAAGGGAGGCGGCAACCUCAACGGCAAUGACUGCGCUGCCUCUGCGGUGCGCCGACACUCCUACUCCGCUGGUCCCGUGUCUGCUAAUGGGACUGGGUACUCUCCCAGCCAGAGAGAAUCCCAUUUCGAGGAAGCUGGGAAGAACGGAGUACGCAAGACUGGCGCACGGUCGCCCAACGAGAUACCACUGAGCGUCUUCGUAGACAACAGGGAUUUGGAUGAACUGGUGGGUCACGCUGGCUGUGCUAUCCUUCCUUCCUUCAUUUACUUUGACAGCGGUUUAGCCAUUGUACAGGCCAUAAAGGUCCUCCGGAUACACCUGUUGGAAUUGCACAAAGUCAAUGAGCUUUCAAAGGACUUCUGUUCGCGCUACAUCGACAGCCUGAAAACCCGAUUCAGGAGUGAACUAAUGUUUCAAGGUAAGUCUCACUAA